AUGUCUCCAUCGCCAUCGCCUUUCACUAUCAGCGUGUCUGACGAGACACUUGAUGCUUUGCAGAACAAACUCUCCGCUGCUACUUUUCCAGAUGAGCUUGAAGCACCCAACCAGUGGCAGUACGGUGCUCCACUGGCCGAUGUGAAGAGGCUUGCCACACGUUGGCAGGACGGAUAUGACUGGAGGGGCGCCGAGGCCAAGCUCAACGAGCUACCCAACUUCAUGACGCAAGUUGAAGUGGACGGAUUCAGGCCCAUUGACAUCCACUUUGUGCACCAGAAGAGCGAAGCGGAACGAGCAAUCCCGCUUCUGUUCGUCCACGGCUGGCCUGGCUCUUUCAUUGAAGUCACGAAACUGUUGCCCCUUCUGAAGUCAGGCUCGCCUGUUUUUCAUGUUGUUGCACCUUCUCUUCCCAACUUUGGCUUUUCUUCCGGCAUCAAGGAGCCAGGAUUCUCUCUGCAACACUAUGCAGAGGCCUGUCACAAGCUGAUGAAGCAGCUUGGGUACGAUGAAUAUGUAACUCAAGGCGGAGAUUGGGGUUUCUAUGUCACCCGAGCCAUUGGUAUCCAGUAUCCGGAUUCGUGCAAAGCAAGCCACGUCAACCUGAUCCGCGCUCAUGCUCCGGAAUGGAAGAAGAACCCUCUGCUCGCGCUGCAGCACAAGCUCUUCCCGUAUAGCGAUGCUGAAAAGAACGGCCUUGAGCGCUCCGCAUGGUUUGAGAACGAAGGGUCUGGGUACAACCUGCAGCAAAGAACCAAACCGCAGACGAUUGGAUAUGCGCUUGCCGACUCUCCGGUUGCUCUUCUGGCGUGGAUCUAUGAGAAGUUGCAUGAUUGGACCGACAGCUAUCCGUGGACAGACGACGAGAUUCUGACUUGGAUUAGUAUCUACUGGUUCUCCGCAGCCGGGCCUGCUGCCAGUGUGCGCAUCUACUACGAGGCCAUCCAUGUCUCACCAAAGGCGACGGUGAUUCCAACCAGAGUGCGUACAGAGCAGUGGGUGCCGGACGUGAAGCUUGGGCUCGCAUGGUUCCCCAAAGAGCUCAGCGUGCCGCCAAAGACGUGGGGGCGUACACUGGGUCCAGUGGUGUACGAGAGUGAGACCCCGCGGGGAGGACACUUCGCUGCGUGGGAGAAUCCAGAUGUCAUCGCCGGUGACUUGCAGAAGAUGUUCUCGAAGACCGGGCCGUGUUAUAGGAUUGUGAAGGGCCGGAGCGGUUACGAUCGGGGUGAGCGUCGGAUCGCAGACACUGCACCCUAUUGUCCUAUUGAGUCCCUCGCUUUCAUGCCGCCGCUGAGCCCCGGCUCCUUCACCUAUAAAGCCUCCUCGAUCAAAGACCAAGCUUCUCCUUCCGCCCACGGCACCACGCCAUACCCUCCGCAAACCCCUUUCAUCGCAUCAGCUUCUUGCCCUGCCCGCCACUUCACUGACGCAGAACCAUCCGCAAACAUGGCUUCUGCCUAUGAGGACCGCAUCGCGGCGAAGCCUAAGGCCUUUCAGAUUCUUCCAGUUGAACUCAACCAGCACAUCGCCCUCUUCCUUGAGCACGACAAAGACCUUGUCAACCUUCGCGCCUCAUGCCGUGCCAUCAAGGAAGCAAUCGACGAUGAUGAUUCGUUAUGGUUCAAGAGAUUCCAUGCGAUGUACGACACUCCUUCAGGCUUCAAUCCCAACUCGCCUGACUACAAGACCAAGAUUCGAGAGCUGUACCAGAAGCGCAGCAAGUACCUCGUUCUUUACCCAACCCGCUUCAGGAUUGGCAACACCAAGAAGGAACAAGACACGCUGAAGCUCGUCGCUGGACUCAUCAACGAUUCCUUCAACAGCUCUUCGUGGGUCUUCAGGAAUCAUGACGGCGGUGAGGCCGAGUUGACCUGCCGCAACAUCGAAGCAUUCAAGGAUUUCGUCAAGCGGUCGGGCAUUAUCGAUGACUUAUUCAGGCCCCGUCCAACCAGGAAUCACAAGGCCAACGGUCGUUGCGACCCAACCACGAAGAGUUACAACCACACUCUCGCUGCCGUGCAGCUCAUGUGCACGCCUUCGAUCCUCACAGAGCCUGGGAACAUCUACGGAUUCGAGGACUCUCAGGUGUGGGCCUAUGCCACUAUUAGGACUGCUCCCAUAUUCGGUGGUUUCAACAAGACCGAGAUCAACAUGGAGUGGAUCCUCCACGUCAUGAACUUCUUCAAGUACCACAUGAGGAAGCAUGAGGAGAACACGCUCUUUGAGCCUUUCAACAAGCUGAACAAGGCUGAGCAGCCUUCCUACUGGCAGAGCCAUAUCCACAAUGGCCCUAUGGCCCUUGGUGUCCACUGGAAGGGCACCUAUGCUUACUUGGAUCGUGAUGAGAUGAGGCAGAUCCGCUCUGGAAGCCGCGACGGCAAGGUUCUUAUUGACCGGAACGUUGACCACGGCGAUGCCUCAAUUCAGACCAUGAACAUCACCUCGCCGGACAGUACCGGAUUCCUUUGGCCUGCUCUUUUCGAGCAGCACUUGAGGUCAACUACCUCCAACGAUCGGCUCCCUCGUACCCGUGCUCAGCGCCGCUCUGGUGAGGAUGUUCAGUUCGAGCGCUUCAACCAGCGCUUUCAGGCCCUCGGAUUUGAUGAUGAGGAUUUCAACGCCGUCGGCUGGCUCAACGAACUCCCGAACCAGCAAGGCAUCAGCGGGUGGAAGAGGAUGACCAUGAUGAAGUAUUUCGAGGACGGUAAUGGCGGCUGGGACACCAACGCACUCUGGGCUUACGAGGGUGUCGUCCUACCCGGCGGCCAGAUCAUGCUCGGUCGAUGGUGGAGCCCUGAGGCCCCGGUCCCUAACCGCGAGGUGUACACCGGUCCUUUUAUCUUCUGGAACACCGACGCUGCCUGUGACCGCGUCGAGUGCGAUCUUCACCACUGA